ACACACACACACACACACAUACAUUAAAUAUAGGCAGGAGAGUGUAAAAUAUUAGAUAUAAAUGACAUUUUAUUGUGUAAACGGUCUUUUACUGUCUCAACAUAUGAAAUGUACCUGUUUAAACAAAGCUGAAAUAAAACAGCAUUAUUAUAUUAAGUUAUAGAUUUAACUUAAAUAUGUCAUCAUUCAGAUAUCGCUGAGUCAUGAUUUACAUAUUUCUGGGUCUUUUUCUGCUGAACAUCUCUGAUUCAGCUCUGUGAAUCCUCCCUGAUUGACAGCAGGAGGAGGGGCCAAAGGUCCUGUCCCUGCGCUCUCAUUGGCUGCUGCUGCAGAGAGAAAAUGCGCAUAGAGAGAGAGAGAGAGAGAGAGAGAGAGAGAGAGAGGGAGAGAGGGAGAGAGGGGGCGGGCAUCGCUCCUCAACAGUUCAGAGUCUCAGCAGAGAGAAGAACAGGAGGAAUAAAUGAGGAGGAGGAGUGAGCUCACCUGACGGAGGGAUUCUCCUGCAGGACGAAGACGACAACAAGCAAAGGAGGAGAAGAAGAAGAAUGAAGUUGGAGGACGAAGAGAUCAACAUCUGAGGAGGAUUUUUUUGGUACACAGAGUGCAACAGGAUAAACUCCUCUUUUUCCUCUCCCCCAUCAGCUCACACCUCUCUUCUCCCUCUACCUCCUUCAUCCCUCCAUCUCCACUCGGUUGUGGCGUCUCCAGGAGGAAGCUGACGUCAGUUUUGGGGGUUCUCUCUGUCUGUCUGUCUCUCUCUCUCUCUCUCUCCAUGUGUGGGUGUGCUCUCUCUCCCCGUCUCUCUGCUCUUCGUGGUGAAUGUUUUUGUCGAUGCUGCUGAUGCGUUUCCUCCGUCACGCAGCUUUAUAUUUUGCAGUCCAGGGAUUCUCCUCCUCCGCCUGCGUUCAGCAGACACUUUAAAAUCUCACAUUUCUGGAGAAACUGCAGAAGAAGAAGAUCAGAGUUGUGGUUUGGAUAUUUUUUUGAUUUGAGUGUUUUGUUUUGGGCUGUUUUUUCCUGCAGGAGUGUGAGCGGAUGAAAUGCGCAUCACUGCUUCUAAACAGUGGAUUACACACACACACACACACACACACAGACACACACACUCUCACACUUGUUUCACGUGAAGCGAACAGGAAGUUGCCAACGAAAAAUAUACAUAAUUUAAAACAAAACGUCUUUUAGAUCAUUUUUUUCUUUCAUAAUUUUUUUACCAAUUAGCUGUUUCAUGUCAGCACAUCUUUACAUUCCUGACUGUUGGUCGGCGUAAGAUUUAAUUCAUCUUUAUUUAAAAAAAUAUAAUUGAACUGUAUUUAGAUUUUAUCAAAAGUUGCUAAAAUACGAAUUCAUCAGCGUUUAUAAAAUCCCUUGAGGACGAAUCUCACAGCAGAUUCAUGUAAACACUUUAUUACAUACGAUUCAUUCAAACGUAGAAGCGUCUGAAGCAGGUUCCAGUCUCGGCUCCGAACACCUGAAGCCGGAUGAAGUGCUGCUGUGUUUGUGAUGCAUGAGUAGAGCUGGAUCCAUAAUGCAACAGCUCCACUGAGGACGCCGUCAGUCCAGAACCAGAACCAUCAGACUCUGCUCCAUUUACAAGUUCUUCUUCUUUUUUUUUGCUGGAUUCACUGUUUUUUUCCCUGAAGUUCAGUCGGAUUUCGAUUCAGAUUCUGAGAUGAUUGGCGUCAACAGCAUCCACUCGUCGGGCCGCAUGCGGUCGCGGUCGCUCUGCUCGGUCCGGAGCGGGCGGGACUCCAGGGACACGGACCCGUUCAGGUAUCCCAGAACCCCCCGCUCCCGCUCACUCAAACCGCUGGCCUUCCCAGACCUGCUGGGGAAAACCCAGGACGGACAGCAGCACCGGCAGAGCCGCAAGAAGAAGACUCUCUACAGCUCCAUCAAGAACGAGAAGCUUCAAUGGACCAUAGAUGAGGAGGAGUUGAGGAAGUCCAUGUCUGAGCUGGCUGAGGUCCGGACAGACUCCGCCUCCCACACUAUGAGGAGACUGGGCAGUGGAGGAAACCCGCUGGUGGGCGUCGACCAGCAGGCCGACGGAGAGCUCUACAAGAGCGGCUUCCUGGUCCGAAAAGUCCACGCCGACCCCGACGGGAAGAGAACUCCUCGGGGUAAGAGGGGGUGGAAGUCUUUCUACGCGAUGCUGAAGGGUCUGGUGCUCUACCUGCAGAAGGAUGAGUUCCGUGCGGAGCGCGAGCUAACGGAGGAGGACGUGAAGAACGCCGUCUCCAUCCAUCACUCUCUGGCCAUGAGAGCAGCCGACUACAGCAAGAGACCCAACGUCUUCUACCUGAGGACGGCCGACUGGAGAGUCUUCCUGCUGCAGGCUCCCAAUGCAGAACAGAUGCAGUCGUGGAUCACGCGCAUCAACGUGGUGGCGGCCAUGUUUUCCGCCCCCCCGUUCCCAGCGGCCAUCGGGUCCCAGAAGAGGUUCAGCCGUCCUCUUCUGCUGGGAUCCAACACCAAACUGUCCCAGGAAGAGCAGGUCAAAUCCCACGAGAACCGGUUCAGGGCGGUCUCCUCCGAGCUGGCCGACCUCACGGCCUCCACGCCGGACCUCAAGGUGAAAGGUCGCGAGCUGGAGGAGCAGAAACUCCGACAGGAGUACCUCGAGUUCGAGAAAACCCGGUACGGGACGUACGCCAUGCUGCUGCGGGCCAAGCAUGCGAGCGGAGACGAGGACCUGUCGGCCUUCGAGUCGCGGCUGUUUGACGACGGCGGCCUGCAGAGGGCACACUCCAGCCCCACGCUGCCUCAGGACGCCGCCCAAAAGGACAAGACCCGCGGAGCCAAGACCUCCAAGAGCCUCAAGGGCACCUCGUCCUCGUCCUCCAGGACCGACGCCCAAGAGGGAAGCAAGAAGAAGAACGGCGGCGGGAACAACCAGCAGCCAGAGCCGCAGAAACAGGAAGUGGCGCCGUAAGGCGGCGAGGACAUGAAGGACAUGAAGGACAUGAAGCAUCAUGAAGGACAGGAUGCAUCAUGGGUAGCAGGCUGACAUCGUCCUUUAAACCUUUUCUGUUCAGUCACAUUCUGAUUGGCUCAGGGGACUUUCCUCCAGCCGAGACGUUCGAGGUCUGUGGGAGAUGAGAGCUCGUCUACGAGGACGACGAGCAGAGAGCGUUGUUGUAUUUUUUUUUUACGAGUUGAAACGUUCAGGAAACACAAACAAGGUUUUAUUUCUCAUCCAAUCAUCAAAGUUUCAGAGUAAGGGGACUUUUAUUUUGUUAAAUGAAACUCAAACACUUCGUCGGUACUUUUGAUGUUGUUUUGAACUCCUGCAGCAAAGUGGGGGGGUGGGUUACCAUGGCGACCAGAUAUGACAGACAGAGUGUGGGACUGUUGCCGGUAGGGGGGGGGUACAGCAGUACUGUGUGUACUCACAGUAAUACACUGAGUACUCACAGCAGUACUGUGUGUACUCAGUGUAGUACUGUGUUAUGUGAAUACUAUCUGAAGGCUGAAGAUGAUCAUUGAAACUGAGCAUCAAAUAUGAAUAAGUCAACCUUUCAUCAGCAGACUGAGUUCAUUAUAUAUUUAUAUAUAAUAAACAAACAAUAUGAAUCAUUAGAAUGAACUCCCAUGAGAUGAUAUUAAUAAUAAUAAUAGUUUUAAGGUUCUUUAUUACAUUUCAUCACAUUUACAGACGGUGAUAUUUAAAACCUAUAUUCUUCAUUGUUCUGUGUGACAGAAGCUCUGACGAUCGAUCACGUCGUCUCUCAUCAUCUAUAAUUCAUAAGAUACCUGGAGACCUGUUGUGUCUCUGGUCCUUCAUGGACUUCCUGUCUUUGCUGGAACCUGAAUCCUGAAUGAAUCCGUCCACUUUGUUUGUUUCUUCUUCUCUUAAACGUUCACCUUGAGCUGCAGCCAUCUUGUUCUGCUGUCAGACAGCAGGGCUUUCUGGGUAAUGCAGUCCUUCCUCAUGCAGCUCCCUCCUGCUGCCCCCUGAGGUCUCCAGAGUCUGUGUCCUGGUUUGAGAUCAGAGUACAAACAGCAGGGAGAAGUACUUCAAGUACUCAUGAAGCAGAACAAUAUGAAUCACAUCAUUGAUGUGUUCAUAUAAUCUAUAAUAAUACAUCAUGUAUCAGCUGAUUCAGUCAUCUUUGGUUCACUUCCUGUGAGGUCAUCAUGAGAUUCAACAGGAACCAGAUGUAAGGACAGGAAGCGGUCACCAGGUGGCAGCAGAGAGGAAGAGAACUGAAAUAUGACGAUUAAUCCUGAAUGUUUAAAUGAUGCACAAACAGCUGGAACCUCCAACAGGUUCAACUCUCUGAACGUUUGGACUGUUGCUGAUGGACUGAUGGUCCUCCAGGAGUUAGUCUGGUCCAGCUUUGGUUGGUUCUCUUAGAAAGUCUUAAACUGCACAUUUCAAAGGUACUGAGAGAACUGAAACCAAGGAGGUCUCUUAACGAUCCACAUCCAGUCCAACAGACUGAGGACUCUGUAGUCUGGCUGGAGGCGGCUCAGACCCGGACCACACUGAAGAUCUCCUAGAAGGAGCUGCUGGACGAGUCUUUAAGUCUCUGAAGAGGCAUCGUCUGUGAGCUCGGCUCUGAUUGGAUGGUGGACCAGAGGCUCGUUAAUCCAUUCAGCCGACGCCAGGGCUGCAGUCCAAUAGUCCGUCUGUCUGUUCAGCUUCAGGUCACAACCAAACUCUUCUUCUCUUCCCUUCUUCGGCUCUGCACCAGUUUCCCUGCAUGCUAGUGAAAAGGUUCUUCAAAAGCUUCCUUUUCUUAUCUCCUAAAGGAGAUGAUGCCGUCCCACAAUGCCUUGCGACUUGGACCCACGUUCAAUAACGUCCAACUGCUGCUUCGUGUUCACGUAGCCCGCCUAGUGUCGGCGCCUUUUCCUAAGUCCUUAUGAAUCCUCCUUAACAUCCUUUCUUGUCCUCAUGAGGUUGUGAUCAGGAUUAUUUUGGGAGUUUCUUGGACUAUUUGACUGCAGCUCAGGUUCGAUUCCCGAUGAAUGACACUGAGACGGUUUUACGAAAGUCUUUGUCUCGAUGCAGGUCUCGUGAACUCCCAUCAUGG